AUGGACACAUCAGAUAUAGCCGAUAUCCUUCGUCGAAAACCCAGCAACCUUGCAAUCUAUACCAACCCCGAGCAUGAACUUUUCCUCAAGCAGGUCAAUGUCCCAGCCCCGAGCGAAAGGGAGUGUCUAGUCCACGUGCGAGCAACUGGCAUUUGCGGCUCCGAUAUUCACUUCUGGAAAGCAGGUCACAUUGGAGAGAUGAUUGUGACGGGCGAAAACGGGCUAGGCCACGAGAGCGCAGGCGUAGUCGUGGGUGUCGGACCGGAGGUGACGAAAUUCAAGAUUGGAGACCGGGUGGCUAUCGAAUGCGGCAUCCCUUUGAUUUUCUACUCGACGCCACCAUACCAUGGAACUCUUACGCGCUACCAUGCGCACCCAGAAGAUUGGCUGCACAAGAUGCCCGAUAAGAUGUCAUACGAAGAGGGCUCUCUUCUCGAGCCACUCUCGGUGGCUCUGACGGAAAUUGAGAGAUCUGGCGUUCGCUUGGGUGAUCCUGUGUUCAUCUGUGGUUCUGGUCCCAUUGGCAUGGCUACUUUGCUCGCUGCUAACGCUGCAGGUGCAAAUCCCAUCGUCAUUACAGACAUCAAUCAGAACAGGCUGGAUAUGGCAAAGAAGGUGGUCCCUAGAGUGCGAAGUCUGCUCAUCACUCCCGGAAAGGAUCCGCAGGCAACUGCCGACGAUAUCAAAGGAGCUCUUGGUCAAGAAGCAAAAAUGAUACUGGAAUGCACCGGUGUUGAGUCAAGCGUGGUCACUGGUAUAUACUCUUGUCGAUUCGGCGGUAUAGUCUUUGUCAUUGGCUGUGGCAAAGAUUUUGCCACGAUCCCCAUCAUGUACAUGGCCGGAAAGGAAAUCGAGUUGCGAUUCCAAUUCCGUUAUCGAGAUAUCUAUCCUCGGGCCAUUGGGCUCGUAGCUGAGGGAGUCAUUGAUCUCAAGCCAUUGGUCACCCACCGUUUCACUCUCGAGGAAGGCGCCAAGGCUUUCAGAACAGCUUCGGACCCCAAUGCUCUGGCAUUGAAGGUCCACGUACUUGACGAUUGA